AUGGCGUCCACGAUAACUAUGGCAAAUAUAUCAUAUUUGUAUCAUAUUGGCUACAUAAAUAAAAAGGCCAAUUUAGUCCAAGAUUAUCUGGGUAAUACAAUAACGAAUGAUGAAAUUUGUAAAAUAUUUGGGUCAGCAUCUGAAAUCACCAAUAUUGUUGGUUAUUCUAAAAACGGUGUCGAAAAAGAUGAACAGAUAUUCGGAAAAAAAUCGCAAACGGAAACAUAA